CCGGGUUGCAGAGCAGCAGAGCAGCAGAGGAGCAGACUCUCUGAAACUCAAGCACGGAUUUUCUCUCCGCGCUGACUACAGGAGGAGGACGCAGCGAACGGAAAGGAGGACGGUUAAACUCCCGGAAAAGACGCGCCACAGGUGGAUGCUGGGAAAUCGGACGGUGUGUGGAGAUGUUUUUAGAUGCCGCGCAGUUCGGGGCUCUGUUACCCCUGGCGGCCGCGCUCACCUCGGUGCUGUGCGCGCUGCUGCUGCUGGCUCUGACCCGCCAGCUGUGGAGCCUCCGCUGGACUCUGACCCGGGACAAGGAGAGCAGUCUGCCGCUGCCCAAAGGCUCCAUGGGCUGGCCGCUGGUCGGGGAGACUUUCCACUGGCUGUUCCAGGGCUCGAACUUCCACAUUUCGCGCAGAGAGAGACAUGGGAAUGUGUUUAAGACCCACCUUCUCGGGAAACCCGUGGUCCGAGUGACGGGAGCAGAAAACAUCCGGAAGAUUCUCCUGGGAGAACACAGUCUGGUCUGCACUCAGUGGCCUCAGAGCACCCGCAUCAUCCUGGGGCCCAACACACUGGUGAACUCCAUCGGAGACCUGCACAAGAGGAAGAGGAAGAUCCUGGCUAAAGUGUUUAGCCGCGGCGCUCUGGAGUCCUACCUUCCUCGGCUGCAGGAAGUCGUGAAGUCUGAAAUCGCCAAAUGGUGCUCGGAGCCGGGAUCCGUCGACGUCUACAGCGCCGCCAAAUCUCUGACUUUCCGGAUCGCCGUCCGGGUCCUUCUGGGUCUGAAGAUGGAGGAGGAGCGGAUCGUUUACCUGGCGCAGAUCUUCGAGCAGCUGAUGAACAACCUGUUCUCUCUGCCUUUCGACGCUCCACUCAGCGGGCUGCGUAAG